AGUUUAAAACACUCUCCGUAACCCUUCAUUUUUAGAUAUCUCAGAAUAUUCAAGAAUGCCAGAAAAAAGCAAGAUUUUGAUCAUUGGUGGAACAGGAUACAUUGGCGAGUUUAUAGUUGAGGCCAGCACUAAGGCUGGCCAUCCCACCUUUGUGCUGGUUAGAGAAUCUACAGUUUCUGAUCCUGUUAAGGGAAAAUUUGUUGAAGGCUUCAAGAACUCUGGGGCGACUCUUGUUCAUGGUGACUUGUAUGAUCAUGAAAGUUUAGUGAAGGCCAUAAAACAGGUGGAUGUGGUCAUCUUAACUGUUGGUAACGGACAAUUGAAUGAUCAGAGGAAGAUCAUUGAUGCAAUUAAAGAAGCUGGAAAUGUCAAGAAAUUCUACCCUUCGGAGUUUGGAGUUGAUGUGGAUCGCCAAAAUGCAGUAGAGCCUGCCAAGUCUGCAUUUGCAGGAAAGUCUCAGCUUCGUAGAGCUACUGAGGCAGCAGGGAUCCCUUACACUUGUCUCUCAUCUAACGCUUUUGCUGGAUAUUUUCUUCCAACCUUGUUGCAGCCAGGAGCCAUCUUGGGAGAUGGAAAUGCUAAAGCUGUUUUUAAUGAAGAACAUGACAUUGGUACCUUCACCAUCAAAACUGUUGAUGAUCCAAGAGCAUUGAACAAAGUUGUCUACAUUAGUGGAACCAGAACCUGCCCUUGUAGGAAUGGUUAUGAUUAUGAUUACGAUUCUUGAACCUGUGGUUUAGGUUCUGACUUUGCUCCAAUUACCGUUCUUUUUUUUCAUUACAAUUCCAA